AUGACACUUCUCAGUCUUUCGCAUAAUCAACGCUGGGGAUUCUGUUCAGUUGAUGAUAGUACUAAAUUAGAAGAGCUAACCGCACAUAGUUAUGACACUAGAUUGAAAGAGAAAUGGGAUGCUCGUUCGAUGAAAGAUGUAGUCCUCAUAGAUUUACAAGAAAAUAAUCUCCAUUCUUUAAAUGCAUAUAUUAAGGCCAUUAAUGCUGUUGUAAAUGUUCCAUCUAUGCAACAAUAUAUUCAAAAGGAAUAUAUUAUACCUGUCGUUGCUGAUUGGCCUGGACAAAUCUACCUUAAGACGGCCAUCUCUCAUUUUAUUUUAUAUCCAAUAAAAAUGCCAGAAGCACAAUUGUGUCAUUUUCCUUUAGGGUUUAAUACUUUACAUAGACCAGAUCCAUUUCAAUAUUGCGAUGCAUCUAACUGUUCUAUUUCUUUUAAUACAGAUCCUAUUCAAGUUUUGGUUUGCGACGGUAUUGAUGAACAUGUUCAGUCUUUAUUAGAACGCUUGCAUCGCUUCGAAGAAGAACAACAAGCCGAAGUUGAAGAUCUGAAAAACAAUAUCCCAUGUGAUGAUGAUGAUGAAAACGAACUCAUAAAAUAUGUAGCAUGUGCAUUAGAAGAGGCAUUGCUCAUCCCGGGAUGGCGUCGAAAGAGUGAACGUGAAGGAACUCUUUCUAGCCUGGCUGUACCAGUUAUUCACGUAAGCAUUGUGGACUUUCUCUAUUCGUUGGUUGAUGAGUCAUCACAGGAUGACGUCGAAAGAGCUAGCAUGCCUUAG